CCCUGGCUCCUGAUUGGUCGAAAAACACCGGAAAUGGAUUUGUUGUUUACUGUGCUGCAGCCAGAUACUCAAUGCCUGGUUCUUCUGGAGAGAAAGUCAAAUUGCGCAUGCUUUUAUUCACGAACUAAAGUUUGUUGCAUCCUGUGAUAAGACGACACAGCUGUCUCUCCGCAGUAACGUUGAUUUAAACAAGAUGAUCGAGGUGGUGGCCUCCAUGGCCCGGGGCCCCGUCUUUCUCGCCGGGGAGCUGAUGGAGUGUCUCAUAACUUUCACCAACCCGAUGUCCCACCUGUCCACCUCUGCCAGCUGUGAGAUGCUGGCAUGGGCCAGUGCCCAGAUCCACUGCCAGUUUCAUGCCAGUGAGAGCAGAGUGGCUCUGCCGGCCCAGGGCAACAAGGAUGUCCAGGCUGAGAGCAACACAGUGCUCAUUCCAAGCAGAGGAGAGCGAGGUCAGUGUGUUCUGGACACACCACCUAAGAUACUAUUCUGUGACCUGCGCCUGGACCCUGGGGAGAGCAAAACCUAUUCAUACAGUGAGAUCGUACCCGUGGAUGGUCCUCCUAGUUUCCGUGGUCAGGCGGUGAAGUACGUCUACAAACUGACCAUCGGCUGCCAGAGAGUCAACUCUCCUAUCAAACUACUCAGGGUUCCCUUCAGAGUGCUGGUUCUGCAAGGCAUGCCGGAGCCUCCAUUUCCCCAGGAUGAGGAGGUUUCCCCCUCCAACCCGUUCCUGGAGGAAGAGGAAGCGAGCCGCAGGGAUGCUCGGCCUUUAGAGAGAGCACUGGACAUGCUGAUGGUCACUACCUCAAGACGCUGCCCCCACAUGUUCAAUAUCACCAAUAUGCGCGGAAAAGUGGCAAAGUUCUGCAUCUUCAAGACUGUUUACAGACUCGGGGAGGACAUCAUCGGCACAUUCAACUUCUCAGAGGGAGACAUUCCCUGCCUGCAGUAUUCUGUGAGCCUUCAGAAUGAGGAGGAGAUCCAGGAGCAGUACCAGCGGCGCCCCGGACAGGUCAUCAGUGUGACUGGACACGGGCGACACAUGGAGUCCUGCCUCCACACCGCCUCCUGCCAUUUCUCUCUCCCUAUCCCCCUCAAUGUCACGCCGGGCUUCAGCACAGACAUAGUGAUGCUGAGGUGGUGCCUUCACUUUGAAUUUGUGACCGCACGUGAGCCGCCCACAGUUCUGCAGAACCAAUCAGAGGUCACAGUUUGGACAGGGGCGGAGCAUGUCGACGUGGAUACCUUCAGCUGGGAUCUGCCCAUCAAAGUCCUGCCCACCAACCCGGCCUUGGCAUCCUACAUGUCCCACUUUAGUGGGACCAACAGCAUUAAUAUUUGACUGUUGUGUGUUUGAGAUAGUGAACGAAAGAUAGUCAGGAGUUAUUUGUGUGUGUGUGUGUGUGUGUGUGUGUGUGUGUGUGUGUGUGUGUGUGUGUGUGUGUGUGUGUGUGUGUGUGUGUGUGUGUGUGUGUGUGUGUGUGUGUGUGUGUGUGUUACAGAGUCUGUUUUUUUUCUCUCCAGAUGAGAACAGAGAUGCACAUUUCUGUAUCAAAGGAACAUUAUUUUAGUUGUUGUUUCUAUUGUGUAUGUCGAGUCAGUGAUGGAUUCCAUAUGUAUAUUAUGCAAUUUUUGUUUUGCCUUUACCAUAUGCAUUUUGCAGUGAAUCUUAACUUCAAAUACAUUUUUCUUUUUUGGACCUAAUGACAUGCACCUAUCUCGGUGGUUGAUGUAAAUGUCUGUAUUUAUUUCAUUUUUGAUGGCUUUACUCACUCGCACACUUGUUCUUUCUCUUUUUAUGAAAAAAAAUGUUUCUAAUUCAAAAUGUUUUUAUUGUUAACUGUUUUCUUUCUCUCAGUUUGAGCAAAGGCUUUAUUAAAAUGUAAAUACUGCAAGAGAAAAAAUAAAGUGUGAUUUAAAUUUGAUAGA